UGUAAAUCCGCGGUCACACUGCAGCUCUGCAUAAACUAAAAUUGAUUAGUUUCGAAAAAAGGGGGUCAGAAAGUGAAAUAUGUCCAAAGAAAAAGAGGACGAGUGCGAAAAAAAUGAAAUGGGGGACGCAGAUGUGAGAUCUUCAAACAGCGAUGAGUCAGAUGAGUAUCAAUCAGCCGGUGAGGGGGACGAUUCCGAUUCAAUUCCUUCGGAGCCCCUGCCCCAACCCAACACACACCUGUGCGAAGACACCACACCUGACACACCUACAGCAACAGCAACAACAACGGCAACAACGGAGCCCCUAGAUGAGUACACAAUGUAUCCCAUGCAUCAAAGCGUUUUUGAAGAUGACAUCAAGACAUUGCAGCGCCGACUCCUCCUGCGCACUGCUCAGGAUGAGAUUGGCAGCAAAGACAAGCACGGUAAUACGCCACUGCAUUUAGCCGUUAUGCUGGGCAGGAAGCAUGCCGUGCGCCUGCUCCUGGCCAACAAUGCCCCCGUCAGGAUCAAAAACAACGAGGGCUGGUCUCCUCUGGCCGAGGCCAUUAGCUACGGCGACCGCCAGACAAUCACUCAAUUGCUGCGCAUGCUAAAGCUACAGUCCAGGGAUCAUAUGGAGAAGCGCCGGGAGAAACUGGUGAAGGCGCUCAGUCAGAUGCAGGACUUCUAUAUGGAGUUCAAGUGGGAUUUCCAGUCCUGGCUACCGUUGGUGUCCCGCAUCCUGCCCUCCGACAUUUGCAGGCUGUACAAGUCCGGGGCCUCCAUUCGAUUGGACACCACCCUGGUUGAUUUCAAUGACAUGAAGUGGGAGAGAGGCGACAUUUCGUUUCUCUUUCGGGGAGAAGCUCCUCCAAGGGAGGCCCUGGUCCUGCUUGACAACGAACAGGCGUGUUAUCAACGUUUGCGCCACGAGGAGGCCGACAUGGAGGAUGAAGUCGAUGGGCUCAUGUCAACGGACAUAAUGGCCACCCAAAUGUCCACCAAGACGAUAAAUUUUGCUCGGGCGCAAAGCGGCUGGAUUUUCCGAGCGAACCGGAAGGAACUCAUUGGCGGUCAGUAUCAAUGUGAGCUCUAUACCAUACAGGGCCUGAUCAUAAAGCAGCGCAAGCGACGCGAGCAUCUGUCACACGAGGAUCUGCAAAAGAAUCGCGCCAUUAUCGAGUCAAUGAGGAGCUCAGUAGUACAGCCUGACGGGCGUCGCUCCAGCCUGAGCAGUCAGACCACGGAUACGACCACUGACAGCAAUAACCCAGCAGCACCGAACGGCAUUACCCUGCCAGAGCUGCCACGCCGCAGCUCAUUGCAAGCUCCCCCAGCCAGCAGUGUGACCUGGGAUCAGUACUUAGAGGCUGCAGUGGGGCGGUGCCCGCGUCUGGGACGUCCACUUGUCAACAAGCAGUCCAGCAAGACCCUGCGGGCCACAGUCGCCAUGAGCACGGACUUCCCACUCAGCGUGGAAAUGCUUUUGGACGUCCUCGAGGUGGUGGCUCCCCUGAAGCACAUCAACAAGCUGCGAAAUUUCGUGACGCUCAAGUUGCCCACUGGAUUCCCGGUCAAGAUUGAGAUUCCUGUUCUGCACACUGUGACGGCCAAGGUAACUUUCCAGAAGUUCGAGUUCACCAACAGCAUCCCCGAUAAACUGUUUGAGAUUCCGUCAAACUACUGGGAGGAUGUGCGUCGUUUUCAGGAUUUAUGACCAAGCGACGCCGACGCUGAAGCUGAAGCCCGGCCCCAAACAUUUUCGACGGCCACCCAGCAUGGGUCCCCAACUGAACUCUACGUGGACCUGAACACUUAGAGCAAUGCGAGCACACGUGUCUGCGCAUAGCUACAGGUAAAAUGUUCACCGAACAUUUGCGUAUCCCUUCCUAUCCCUAUCCUGACUACUCCUUCGCUUUGGUCGUGACGUUUAUUUCGCCGAGGAAAUCCCAAAUUGCUCUUAAGUUGUUUCGCGUUUGUAUGUUUUCGUAGUCUUAAGAGAAAUUUUUUACAAAAUUUAAAUUUGUAUUAUUGGCAGGAUUUAAAUAUCCCAAAGCAAACUCUGGUUUUGCUCCAAAUUCAUCCGUUACGUUGAAAUUAGGGAUAUUUUCCAUUUGGGUCUCUUCCUAAAUUAAAUGAUUAAGUGAUGCCCUGAAAAUUUUAAUUUUUCUCCUACGAUUUGUUAUGUACUCCUAUGUAUAUUUUUCCCCCAUAUUCUGUCUGUUUUAGAAAGAAAUCUGUGUAUUAUGUAUUAUUUAUUAUCCAAGUAUUUAUCGUAAGAUACAUCUGUACUGCACUUGGAACAUUCUGCAUAGAAUCGCAACUGUUUCAUAGCCUAAAGAUUGCUUUAGUUGGAAUGAAUCAUUUUCGGGAGCGGCACAUAACGUUUCAAGGUAAAAGCCCUGCCAGAGGUCUCACAAAACAGCUGCUCUUUUGUUGAAACCCCUUUCUUAUCAUACACUAAUCGCAGCAUAGUAUAAAUAAGUAAUCUAUCAGGUUUUUAAAGAACGGGACAGAAAACUCAUUCAAAGUCUAUUAGGCAAUGGACGCGAUUACCAACACAACUUGCUCAGCGCUUAGUGAUGAUUGGUGAUAUUAUUGCAUAAAUUCAUCCAUCAGAGCGUAAAAAUGUAGCGUCUUAAUACUUAAUGGAUGGCUUUUGGCUUAAAUUGAAUGACCAGAUGUCGAUGAAAAGCAGAUUGUUCCCACAUCCAUUGCAUUUUUUUAAAUUUAUAUUUUCAUUCUGUUUCAUGUUUAGUUCAAUUUUAAUUGCAUAUUUUUAAGGUUCUUGAAGGGGAGCGAAUUGUAUGUAUCUGUAUCCUGCAAUCCACACCCCAUCCAAAAAGAGUCUGCAUCGGAAGGGAGCGCAUAGUAAAAUUAGUUUUGUUUUUGUUAAUUACGAUAAAAGAUGUACAAGAGAAACGUCCGUCAACACUUUCCUAAACAAUAUUAAUAAUCGCCCAGAGUAUUGAAAAGUGCGCAAAAGUAAAACGGCUUCACAAAUCAAA